GUCAAACUUGUCGGACAAUGUUAACCAAAGAGCUAUUUAUAGUCAUAAUCGCUCUGACAAGUUUCAGUAAUGCAGCUAACAUUCUCUAUCUCGCAACUGUAACCUCCAGGAGCCACACGAUAUGGCACCGUCCCUUGAUUCACGCGCUGGCUGCCAGAGGCCACAACGUGACCGUCGUUGCCGUCGACGUCGAACAAAACCCUCCUCCAAACGUGACCUACAUCGAAAUCGAGGGAGCCUACGAGAGGUUCGCCCAGGAAGAAUUUAUGACCGACGUAGGGCAGAGCGACCCGAUUGGGAUGAUUUCCGAGAUGAAAUCAUUUACCGUAGCUUUCUGUGACCACGUACUACGUAGUGACGGCUUUGCCCAGCUCCAAGCCUAUCCGGAUGAGUUUCAAGUGGACGUAAUUCUAAACGAUUAUCUCUUCGGAUCGUGUCUCUCGGGGUACGCUCAAUACAAAUUCGGUCGGCCGCCGUACAUCGGACUUACGGCAUAUUCAGCUCAAGUGACUACACUUACAAUGACCGGUGCGUUUUCUUUUCCCUCGCUCGUUCCGCACCACAUGUGGGAUGCACCGGUGCCACUAAACUUCCGACAGCGGUUCCUGAAUUUAAUUUUUUACGUGUACGAGGAAAUUAGCAAAUACUCUCAAGUGUUACCAGCUCAGAAUCUGAUACUGAAAAGACUUGUACCGGAUAUUCCUAACCUGAGCGAAUUGGAACGGGAUACCAGGUUGGUGCUGCUGAAUUCCCAUCCUACAAUUCAGAUCGCAGAGCCGAUGAUGCCGAACGUGAUUCCGGUAGGAGGAAUGCACAUUAGAAGUGCUAAAACUCUUCCGGAAGAUUUGGAGCAAUGGGUAACCAGAUCGACGCGGCCGAUUGCGUUGUUCUCGCUUGGAACCAAUUUUAGAAGUGAUAAACUUGAUGCGAGCGUCAUAGAAAAUCUUCUAGCUGCAAUGCGAGAGCUGUCCGAAUUCCAGUUCUUGUGGAAAUUCGAGUCCGAUUUGUUGGAUUAUGAUGUACCGGAGAAUGUCUACAUAAGACAAUGGAUACCGCAAGGUGAUCUGCUAGCAAACCCUAAAGUUCAACUCUUUAUUACCCACAGUGGUUUGCUAAGUACUCAGGAAGCCAUUUGGCAUGGCGUUCCAAUCAUUGGGUUUCCGAUUUUCGCCGAUCAGUUUGCGAAUAUCGAGUACUGCGUCCGGCAGGGUUUAGCCAAGCGCCUAUUGAUUCGGAAAUUCGAAAGUCAACACCUAAUCGAUGCCGUGCGGGAGAUUAGUAGUGAAACAAGCUAUCAGGACAAUAUGACUAAACUGUCCAAAGUGUUCCGAGAUCAACCGGAAAGCCCUUUAGAUCGCGCAGUUUGGUGGAUAGAAUGGGUGCUUCGUAACCCGGAUACAAGGGUGCUGCAGAGCGGAGCGAUCGAUUUGCACUGGUUCGUGAAAUAUUCCAUGGAUGUUAUAACGGUGAUCGUGCUGGCGAUGGUCACUGUAGUGCUACUGGAGUGCUUGAUAGUGCCGGUAGCAGCCAAAUGGCGCAGAAAGAGGUUGCUAAAGGAGAAAAAGGAGUGAAAUUUACGCUGUA